AAUAAGGAGAAUCAAAUAAAAGGAGCCCUUCCAGUUCCACGAUCCGUCGUCGAACUGUUUUUUAUUACAACUCAUUCAUUGCCUUUUUCGUUUUUUCAUUCGCUUGAUCAAACGAAUCCCUCGGACAUCUAUUUACCACAAGAUUUCGAUUCAAGAUGAACCACCAAGACGCUGAUCUUCCUAUCCCACUGCCGGCGCCGGUGCGUAUCCAGCCGUCCUCCCCUCGCAUGACCCUUACCUCAGCCACGCCGACCCCAACGGCAGGGGCUCAGCGCCGUAUUGCGAUCGCCGUUGAUCUCAGCGACGAGAGUGCGUACGCCGUCAAUUGGGCCGUCCAGAACUACCUUCGUCCAGGGGACGCAGUCAUCCUCCUCCAUGUCCGCCCUACCAAUGUUCUCUACGGCGCCGACUGGGGUUCCAUCCAGGUACAUAUUAAUACGCGCAACAAUAGUGACGAUAAUAAUACGGAAGACCCAUCGCAGCAGCAGAAAUUGGAGGAUGAUUUCGACAACUUCACAACAACCAAAGCGAACUCACUCGCGCAUCCCUUGAUCGAGGCGCAGAUACCGUUCAAGAUCCAUAUCGUGAAGGACCAUGACAUGCAGGAGCGGCUUUGCUUGGAGGUCGAGAGGCUAGGGCUGAGCGCCGUUAUCAUGGGUAGCCGAGGAUUUGGCGCGGCAAGGAGGAAUAGCAAGGGAAGGUUGGGGAGUGUGAGUGAUUACUGUGUGCAUCACUGCGUAUGUCCUGUGGUGGUUGUCAGGUAUCCAGAUGAGAAGGAAAAUGAUGGCGAGGUUGGGAAUGGAGGCGAGCCCAGCGUUGCAGGCAAGAAAGGGAUUGUAGGAGAGGCGGAGCUACACCCAGUGCCGGAGGAGGAACCGGAGUAUCAUGAUGCUUCUGAUGAGCAGCCAGGAGAUGAUUAAGCCAUAGAAAACAGGCAAGCAUUGCAGUAGCGAAGAACUUUCAAGAAUGUUAUGAGCUUGUUGGAUGGCAGAUUUAUGGCCUGUAAAUAUGAAUGGUGGUAGCUACAUUUGUUGGUCUUUGUUUUCUUAGUCACAAGUUGGAGUGCUUUUGCAUUGAAUUGUAAUUCUACGAUUCUAUGUUUCUUUGAAUCUUCAUAGCUCUCUUACGGAGGGCAAUACUGUUAUCAGAUAGAAACUGAUUUCCCUGUGUGUGUAUCAAUUCCUUGACAAACCCGGUACUUUAUCCUAUUUUGGCUGUGAUUCA